AUGAUGACGGGAGGUCUGCUACUGGCAUCAAUUUCCCGAAGGCAACUUCAUGUGAUUUCCAAAUCAAAAUGUAUAGUCAAACCAGCCUCUCCAACACCACCAAAGCUGAAACAAUAUAAUCUUUCUUCGCAGGAUCGAAUGAUUCGAAAUCUGUACAUGCCAAUCAUACUCUUCUAUCCACCACAGCAGUUGGCCAAUACAACCCUAUCAAAAAUAUCAAGCACACUAAAAAGCUCCUUAUCUCAAACACUCUCCAUAUACUACCCAUUCGCAGGACGGCUGAGGUCCGGAUCGUACAUCCAUUGUAACGAUGAAGGCGUCGAUUUCAUAGAGGCCAGAAUUGGGAGCCCAUUUUCUGAGGCUCUGGAGAAAGAAGCUGAAAAGAGUGAAGCUGGUUUAGGCCACCUGUUUCGACAUGAGUCGAUUUGGGAUGAGGUGUCUGGUGAGGAUCCCAGUUUAUUGCUUGUUCAACUCAACUAUUUCACAGGCGGUGGAAUGGCUGUAGCUGUCAGCCUUUCGCACCGUAUUGGAGAUGCUUGCACUUUGUGCACAUUUAUAACUUACUGGGCUCACUUGACACGCCAUUCGGGUGAUCAUGAAAAAAUAGGUCAUUUGAGUCCUCACUUCAGUCAGAUGCCUCCUUACUGUGAAGGCGAUUCAGUCAUUCCAGUAAGUUCUCUUCCAAAAAAGUUCUGGAUUACUAAAGAGAUUGUGUUUCGCAACUCAAUGAUCAGAAAUCUGAAAGCCAAGAUUGGGAGUUCUUGUCAAGAAAAGUACACUAGAAAUGAACUUGUGACAGCACUACUUUACAGAAGUGUUGUAACUGUAUUAGCUAAACAAGAUUCUGGGGUGUUCGCGACCACAGUUUUGGCCCAGGCGGUGAACGUCAGGUCUAUAGUUGAUCCACCUCUACCAUUGUCCAGUGUUGGGAAUUGGUUUACAAUCAAUCACAUUCCAACAAGCACUCAGAGUGAACUAAUGUUGAAUUCAUUAGUGGAAAGAAUGCGAAAAGGGAAGAUGAAGAUUAAAGGAAUGAAAAGCUUGGAUGGGAACGAGGUAAUGCCAAUAUUAACUGACUAUAGAAACAGAAACUGCAGGGUAAUUUCUUUUACUAGUAUGUGCAAUUUUCCAAUAUAUGAUGUUAUGGAUUUUGGUUGGGGAAAGCCGGCGAAAGUGACAAUUGUAGACACGCCGUUUGUUGACUGCAUUGUUAUGAUGGAUACUCCGAGUGGGGAUGGUAUCAAGGCUAUUGUAAGUUUAGAAGAAGAGGCAAUGGGACAUUUUCUGGGGGAUACAGAGCUUCUUACUUGUGCUCCUUUUUGACUUAAACAGGCGGACAAGCAAGGCCUGUGUGGGUAGCAUUGGUGAA